GUCUGGAGAGCUAGCCUCGGGGGCGGGGCUGGGCGUCAGCUCCUCGCCUUUUAGGCGCUGGGUAGUCUAUCUGCAGGAGCAUCUUGCGUUGGGUCACACGGGUAUUGUGGCUGGAACCCAGAUAUCUGGCUCCAAGUCCACUCCUCCCCAUUUCGACAUCACUCUGGUGCCUCCAGAUACGCGUCUGGAACGUGAACCCUGGCCAUUGCCUCCUGCCAAGCCAAACCCUGCAGCAACUGAGAGACUGGUGAUGCCAUUUUUGGAGACAGGGGACAGUGAAGGAGAAGUUGGAGUGGAAGUGAGAGAGUGAUCAAUUCAGCCGUGGACACGUGCAUGCAAGCACUUCCAGCUCAGGGGCUUAUUUAGAGAAGCCAGAAGAUUGGAUUUUUUUCCUGAGUUGGAGUGCUCCCAGGCAGAUGUGACAGAAGAAAAACUGCACAAUGGAGACUGUCCAGUUCUCCUCCUCUUCACCAUCGCUCCAGUCCAAGUCUAAGCGAGCUCCAGCUUCAUCGUCUUUUGCCCAGAUGACUGCAUUGGCUUCCCAGCUGGUCCUACCAGAGCUUCUGUGUCCUCAUGACUUCCCCUGCAGACCAUGUCUAUGAUCCUUUUUGCCUGUGUGGUGAGGGUGAGGGAUGGACUGCCCCUCUCGGCCUCCACUGACUUUUACCACACCCAGGAUUUUCUGGAAUGCAGGAGACGGCUCAAGACUUUAGCCUUGCGACUGACCCAGUACCCAGGUCGAGGUUCUGCAGAAGGACGUGACUUCAGUAUACAUUUCUCUUCGUUGGGGGAUGUGGCUUGCAUGGCUAUCUGCUCCCGCCAGUGUCCAGCGGCCAUGGCCUUCUGCUUCCUGGAGACCGUGUGGUGGGAAUUCACAGCUUCCUAUGACACCACCUGUAUUGGCCUAGCCUCCAGGCCAUACGCCUUUCUUGAAUUUGAUAGCAUCAUUCAGAAAGUGAAGUGGCAUUUUAACUGUGUAAGUUCCGCCCAGAUGGAGAGCAGCUUAGAAAAAAUUCAGGAGGAGCUUGACUUCCAGCCUCCAGUGGUUCUCACUGUGGAGGACACAGAUAUAGCGAAUGGGAUAAUGAACGGUCACACACAGAUACACUUGGAGCCUGCUCCUAAUUUCCGAAUGGAGCCAGUGACAGCCCUGGGUGUCCUUUCGCUCAUUCUCAACAUCAUGUGUGCUGCUCUGAACCUCAUCCGUGGGAUUCACCUCGCAGAACAUUCUCUACAGGUUGCCCACGAGGAAAUUGGGACUAUUCUGGCUUUUCUUAUUCCUUUUGUAGCCUGUAUUUUCCAGUGUUAUUUGUACCUGUUCUACAGUCCAGCCAGGACUGUGAAGGUGGUGCUGAUGCUGCUCUUUAUCUGCCUGGGCAACAUGUACCUGCAUGGGCUAAGGAACCUCUGGCAAAUCCUUUUCCACAUAGGAGUGGCUUUUCUGUCUUCAUAUCAGAUACUGACCAGGCAGCUUCAGGAGAAGCAGUCUGACUAUGGAGUAUGAAGAUGGCAUCAUGUGAUGAAUGGAUCCUUUCGUUUUCUUGUGAGAGUCACCUCUGUUUCCCUUUUUGCUUCUCGACUUCACCUCGAGUUUCCAUCCUUGAAGUUCCUUUCGACCAAACCAGAGUGAUACUGAAAGUUGAGGAUUUUUAACAGGAGCGAUGGAAAACACGAGGUCGCCCCAGCCCCAGUUUUGUGCUGGGCAUCAUGGCAGAAUCUCCAGUUCAGCACAUUUACUUAGGACAGCAGAAUCUGGGGGCUCAUUCAGAAGGAGCAUUAUUAGAAGAUCAGAAUGGAAUUAUUUUGGUCUUUUAAAUUGAAUGAUGCAAUAAACCACUAGAUUCAAUAACACUAGCUUUAGUAACUGGCGGUUGUCUCUGAGGAACCACUUUAAAACCCACAUCAGCUUUUCAGUCUAAAUGGGACUUGGUUAGUUUUUUGUAGAGGGUCAAUACAGGGUGAAUUAAACAUUUUAAAAUAUGGUUCAUAAGUAUAAGCUAGAUAAAUUUUGUUUACAUUUUUUGAUAACUUAGGUCUGAUAUGAUACCUUUAGAAUAUUUAAAUGUAUUUUGGAUAUAAAUUGAACUUAUCUUCAUUUGGGGAAAGGACAAACUCAAGCUGAGAAAAUGGUUAAGAAAGCCGAGUUUAUUUAAUUUGUAUAUAACUUUUUAUGGUGGUGGGACUGCGUGGGCACAGAAAAGUUUUGUAUUUGUCUGCAGGGUAUAUCUGAAUAUUUAAAAAAUUGAGUAACCAGUGCUACUGGAUCAUAAGCUCAUGAGGAUGAGCUUAUGAGCCCGAGAAUUUCAGGGUUCUUUGCGGUGGGGCCACAGACAGGAGUAGGUGAGUCACAUGGAUUCACACAGUGGCACCUUACAGAUGCAGGUUGUAGUAAAAAAACAAAAAACAAAAA